AUGUUGCCAUUCAGUAUCCCGCCGUCCACAGCAACGGCCUCCCUUACACCAUUCAAAUCCGCCAUCCCCAACGCGAAACUCAUCGAGCUCGAAACGUUGCUCAAGGCAGCCAAAUUUGCACCGCCUACCUAUGAGAAUUCUCAGCUAGACCGUCGCUAUGGUGUCUCUACCGACUGGCUAGUGACGAUGCGAGAUUUAUGGCUGAGGUCUUAUCACUGGAAAUCCUCGGAGGAUCGAAUUAACAGUUUCCCUCAGUAUACCACCGAAAUCGAGGGUCUUGCAAUUCAUUUUGUAGGGUUGUUUUCCCAAAGGAAGGAUGCUGUUCCUCUGCUGUUGGUGCAUGGAUGGCCUGGGAGCUUCCUCGAGUUUCUGCCUAUACUGCAGAAGUUCCGAGAGGAGUAUACCCCGGAAACCUUGCCUUAUCACUUGAUUGUACCUUCUUUGCCAGGUUUCACAUUUUCCUCUGGACCCCCAUUGGAUAGGGACUUUGAAAUAGCUGAUAUUGCUCGUGUGUUGGAUCAACUGAUGAAAGGCCUCGGCUUUGGGAGCGGAUAUGUUGCCCAGGGAGGUGAUAUUGGAAGUCGGAUUGCCAGGCAUUUGGGUGUGGAACAUGAGAGCUGCAAAGCUGUACACGUAAAUGUGGUUUUCAUGAGAAAGCCGGACGGUAUGACAGAUGACCACCUAAAUGCUUCUGAGAUACAGGGCAUCAAGAGGAUGACAGAGUUUGUGGCUACCGGUGCAGCUUAUGCGAUGGAGCAAGGCACCCGACCUAGCACCAUCGGGCACGUUCUGGCAUCGAGCCCUAUCGCUCUACUAGCAUGGAUUGGAGAGAAAUUCCUCGAAUGGGUCGACGAUCCGCUUGCCGCAGAUGACAUUUUGGAAUCUAUCACCUUGUACUGGCUGACGGAGACGUACCCUCGAGCGAUCUAUACUUAUCGAGCGAACUAUCCUGCGCCACCGCUUCCGUCCUCCAAUGACCCCCGUAUGUAUAUCCACAAGCCAUUCGGAUUUUCUUCUUUCCCCAUGGAGCUUGCUCCACUGCCGCGCUCAUGGAUUGAAACCACUGGAAAUUUGGUCUUCUGGGAGAAGCACUCGAAGGGUGGUCAUUUUGCAGCACUGGAGCAGCCUGAUGAAUUGAAGGCGGACCUGGUCAAGUUCAUAGACCAGGUGUGGCCAGGCAUUAUUGGUGCCGAAUAA